UGUACUUAUCUGCAGGCGAAGCUAAAAAUAGGAGCCGCAGAUCAUGAUCGACCUGUAUCUAUUCGGCAAACCAGUAUGGGGUGUAUUUACAUGUAGGCUGAUGCCGGUGUUUACCGCGCUAGUGAAGCCGUUCAGCUCCACACAGAACAGAAAAAUAGAAAUACGGAACUAACUUCGCACUCUCCUCUUUCUUUUCUGCUUUCGCCAUGCUUCUGCGUGCUCUUUUUUCGACCUCGAAAUUGGAUGCAAGAAUACAAGAUAGCGGCUUCAUCUACAGUCUGUAUCUUAGCAUGAUAUAUUGAGUUUGCUCGUGUGACAACUGUGCCUCUACAAAGAAAAGUUUAAGUUUGUUCGGACAAGAACAAGUGAUGGAGGAGGCGAAGAACGAUGGCCCCUCUGGGCCGCCUCGACCAUCAGACAACGCCGCGCGCCUUCUUCCCCCGAGCAAAUGGGUCGACGUCGGUGCUCUAAAAAAUACCAGACACCCUUGGUAUGGCUACCAACAAAAGAGGCGGGAGAACGGAAAAAUGAAGUGGUGGAGGAUGGCGCCGAAAACGCUGGAGAGUUGUGAAAAAGAAGGAAAGAGCACAUGUUCAGGCGUCGUUGCCAUUGAUUCGCGGCACGCAGCGCCGCUCGCUGUUCCGGAAUCUGCGGAAAAAGCCAACUUUCUGCGGAACCACCUCCAUGCCGAAAACAAUCGGGAGCGAAGAGAACUAGCUGCGAAGGCAGAAAAGUACCAGCACAAGCUGCAGUUGCAGAAUUGCAGGGCUUCCGCAUCAUCAUCGUCGUCGUCUUCAUCUUCCUUUUCCUCAUCGUCGACGAGCAGGCGACCCCUGCAAGUCUCUGCCCAUUCCCACACCCUUGAAGACGCAGCCGACUCGUCGACAGUUUCUUCUUCGGCCUUCUCAGCAAAAACACCAAGCGGCGAAAAGCCACCGCUGUGGGCGAUCGAGGACGGGUUGAAGUCAUCUGCUGCUUGCGUCCAGCGCACAGCAAAUGCGAUGUCAAGCGCGGCGCUCUCGGCGGAAGAUCUCGUGCUGCCGCCGAAUGUGCCAGCACCGACGAGCAAUGACAUCCCGGAUGACGUUCAUUGCAUCGAGCUCAUCGAAAUAGUAUGCCGUGUCAAGAAGUUUCUUUCCUCGCCACAGUUGCUGCCAUCGGACAACCGGAAUGAAAAUGGCAGGAUCUAUGUGUAAUUUUAUGUGCCCCCCAUUCAAGGUUGAACUUGCGUGGCAACUCAGUUUGGGCUGACCACUUGUACUCGUAUGGCUUUCAUCGCUCUUUUUUUUGUAAGUGUAGAUCGUUGAAUGCAGUGUGCAGAGCGUAAAAGAACAAGUCGAUGGAAAGAAAAGGACUGCACUGGGAUAAGUGAGUCAAGACAUCGAUCUAGAAACCCACCUCUUGCCUCCUAAAUUUGUCGCGAAACUUCACAAGCCGCACAGGUCCCACAAGGGGUUGCUGAAAUCGCUGAAAUGGUACAGAGGCAGUCACAGUGCGACACAGACAUUUGCGAACGUCUGCAAUCCAUCCGGUAAGUAUCACUUUCGUGUGUCUUGCAUUUUUAGAGGAUUUUUUUUUGGUCGUUGCUCAUGCUGUUAUAGGAGAAUAUGAAUAAAGCGAACACCCGAACAUUGAAAGAACGUUGGGUGAAUUUCUUGGAGCCCAUCUAUGAGCACGAAAAACAUUCCCACGCACAAUACCGAUACGUAAUUUCUUUGAAAACAGCAACGAACGUUGGUCCUUUUUCAUAAUAAAACAGCACACAACUCGCCAGAAUCGCCAUGGUUGUGCAGAAGUUUUUCCGAGAUACGCAAUUACUUCGAUCGAGAACGAGAUCUGCUUGCUGCGGCUGCCCGUGCAAAUUCAGGGGAGAGCGAACUAUCGCGCGAGGAUAUUUUGUUCAACGAGAUUUUUACCUAUUUCAAAGAGCGGGCCGUCUUGGUGUGGUUGUUACGACGAAUUCGAGAUGCAGAGCAGGGCAGCGCCAGAAACAGUAACGCUGCUGCGGAUAACGUGGAUGCAAAUCUUCAGUCGACAAGCUCUAGUACAAGGACACUGCUCGAGAACAGCCACGCCAUGCGACUGCUGGGCAAAAAAGGAGCAGAACGCUUAGAGAAGCAACGCGUACCAGCUCGUUUGGCGGCACUGGAUUCGGAGAUCAAUACUGGAAGCACCAGAAGCAACCAUCACAACAAUGCACAAGUUACCUGCGCUGCCGAACCGCAACCAGCAGCGGGAGCAGGUUUUGCACAAGUAAAGAAACAACAAGAGCCGGACUCGCCAGGAGUAGUAGACAACCGCUCCAAGAUCAUGAUCAAGAGAGAACAGGAAAACCCUGGCAACAACCCAUCCGCGUCGCUGUCCAGGCAGGGCGGUUCCAGUCAGCACCAGCCAGCAGCGAAUUCUUUUUCUGAUUUUGAAAAAAGCGGAAAAACUAGCAUCAAGCAAGAGGAAAGAUCAUUGGCGUCACCGAUGGUUAGCGAAACUCCUAUUUUGAAAGCUGAGUCUCCUGGUUCUCCCGACGGGCAAUUCAAGGCAGAAGUGCCUCCUCCUGAAAACGUGACGAGUGAAAGAUCCAUCAAGCGGGACCCAGAGCUGAUCACCACGAGUUCGGGCGGAGAGCGAGAGAACUGCGCUCCCACGAUCCGAAUCAAGUGCGAGCCCACCUCACCCGGGGCCGCUGAUCGUCGCCGCAGCCGGGUCAACUGCGAGCCUGAAUGCACGAGCAGACGCGAUCCCGUGCGCAUUAAGAAAGAGCCCACUGCACCAACGUCGCCGGAAUCACCCCGGUUUCGGGUCAAGCAAAGUCUCAUCUUCCAAAAUAAUUGCAAGGAGGCGGGAACAUUGCGCAUCAAGAAGGAGCAGCACUCGCCUUCCACUAAAACGCAGUCGAAACGUAUCGGCUUUUUGGGGCGUCCACUGCAACAAGUGAAGCGGGAGGCUGCACCCGUUUCCGUGAAUAGGUCUGCAAACAAAGCGACAUGCGAAACACAACAAAACGGAGGUGGGCAUUUGGUUGGUGACGAGAAAAGCAAAAAGAAGCAAUCCCAAUCGGAUUCGUCGCUUCCCUCCUGCGCGACCGCAGCAAAGCGUGAACGUCCACUGGAAACCGAGCACGAAGAUACCAGCAGCGAUGAUGGCGCUUCAACUUUUCUUCCAGCGAGGGUACUAGAAGGGAGAAAGAUCAUAUCUUGCCGUCAGCUGAGCAACAUGGCUGAGCCAAGAGCCCGCAACUUGUCCACGGUAGCAGAGAAGGCCCAAGAAAAACAAGCCGAUCAGCGGCUCACCUCCUGCAUCCAAGACACCACCCACCCACCCGCCAAGAUCUUGCUGAAAAGCGAAAACUAUCCAGACGUGAGCGGAUGGUAUUUCCUGACGCAUACCGUGACGCAGGUCGGGGGCCUGAUCUACCCGAUGUACAAAUCGGAUCUUGCCACUGGCAAGCCGGUUUU